GCACCUGACAUUGACGCAAAGAGUUUAUUAAGUCUAGGAAAAUUGACGUAUGACGUCAUGAUAUGUUUUAUCUCUCAGAUUAAUUUCGUGCAUCGUUUCGUAAAAUAAAUAAAAGUUAACAAAUUUUUGUUCUCGAGUUCCUUUGUUAUUACAAUUUCAUUUCUACUUAGUGUAGUGUAUUAUCUUGCACCUUGAUUGAAACCAGAAAACAAUGGCAAAUAUCGCUGGGACAGGUGCAGUGGCUUCUGCGCCUGAAGAUCUUCCGCCGCCUUACUCAGCUGUUGUGGGUAACCCACAAUAUGGCUUCGUAGCGCCUGGAGGUGAACCAUAUGCGGCUGCUGGCGGUGCUUACCCGCACCCGCAGGCACAACCUAAGCAGUAUACAGCUCCGGGGGUUUACCCACAUCCUACAAUCACUGUGACAAACACUCAGCCGCAAGCAGGCGACAUGGGGCCGCCGCAGCCGCCCGGUCCCGUGCCUGUGGGCAUAGUACUCCCGCCUGCAGUGGGCACUGAGCCCACCACUAUAACUUGUUUCAACUGUGGCAAAGUGGUCACUACAAGAGUUACAUACACAACAGCUUGGCAUACCCAUCUAGUGGCUGGAUCUGUGUGUGUUAUUACCAUGAUCUGCUCUCUCUGCUGUCUUGGACUGGUCCCAUACUGCUUUGAUACAUUCAAGGAUGCAGAGCACUACUGCCCCAAUUGCAAUACUUUUAUUGGUAAAAGUAGCAAGUGUUAAGUAAUUGGGAAAGACGCUACAAUCAUAUUUUGAUGUGAAGAUUUUGGCUCCAUCAACGUAAACAAGAAAAAGAUAUAAAAAAUACAUAAAUUUUUCUGAAGCAAUUAUGGUGCCAUCAAGUUAUUUAGAGGCAUGCUCCAUAUAUUCAAUGGUCUUUGUUAUUUUAUUAAUGCUUAUAAAUUCCUAAGUGUUAUGACUAAUGUAAAAAAAUGUCCUAAUUCACAAUGGUUUUCAGCACAAUACUACUUCACCUGUUAUCUGUUUAUUGAAUAAGUAAUGCCAGCAAUUACUCACAGGUUCACGGUACACUAGUGUGGUUUACAAUUCAGGUGAAGUUGUGCGUAAGAAGCAAUAAAUGUUUCCUUAACUCUCUUAUGAUUGUAAGUCAAAUUAAACGUAAGAAGACUCUGAAUGGAAAAUGUUUUAUGAUUCAGAUAUCUUAUUCUACAACUAUAUAUGAAAUCGAAAUAAUUGUACAUUAAAUUAAGGCCUCUCUAUCUCUUAUAAAAGGUGUUUUAUGUUUAAAUUUGUGGCAGUGCUAUUUAAAUACAUUACUGUAAGGUACAAAGAGUAAGAAAGCGGCUGAAUAUUUUACAAUGUCUUUUAUCUGUAUUUUUCAUAAUUUUUAUUCCAAAUAGUUAUGGUCUGUUUCAUAUUUGUUUGUGACAUACCUACGUAAAUAAUAUUAUUUUAUUUUACAUGUAAAAUGACCAAUUAAUUAAAAAUAACGGUUUACGAACGCAAGCUUC